UAACAAAAUGUCACAUAAUGGAGAAGCAGUACCACCAGUACCAGAUCUUAAUACAACCAUUCUUCAAGCAAUUCAAGGUAUGAUGGAAAUGAUGAUGGAAGAUAGACAAGAAAGAAGGGCGCAACAACAAAGACAAGAACGAACACCUAGAAGGAUGGAAAGAGUACAUGAAGAUAGAGAUGGGGGAGUUAAACUCAAAAUCCCGCCCUUUUGUGUAACGGCAGAUUCUGAGGCAUACUUGCAGUGGGAAAGAAAGAUAGAGCAUGUGUUUGAUUGCAACACCUAUAGUGAAAAUAAGAAGAUGAGACUUGCUAUUGCCGAAUUUACCAAUCAUGGUUGGUACCAACAUCUCAAAUCUGAGAGAAGAAGAAAAGAGGAGGAUCCAGUAGAGACAUGGGAAGAACUUAAAGAAGCCAUGAGAAAAAGGUAUGUUCCAAAACAUUAUGAAAGAAAUUUGAAAACUAAAUUGCAAGGUUUGAGACAAGGAACAAAAAGUGUGGCGGAAUAUUAUCAAGAGAUGGAAACUAUGAUGGAAAGAGCAAAUGUUAGAGAAGAAGAAGAAGAUACCAUGUCUAGAUUCCUUGGAGGUUUGAAUCGAGAAAUUGCUCAUCUUGUUGACAGAAAUCCACCACCAUAUCUGGAAGACAUGUGUCAUUAUGCUCUUAAAAUUGAAGACCAAUUGAAGGAAGAAAAAGAGCAUUCAAAAAGGUACACAUCACGAACUAACACCUUUUCAAAUUCUAAAACUUGGAACAAGGAUAGUUUUGUGAAUAGAAAUGAAUCAAUGUCACCAAAAGAAAAGUUUGUGGCUGCUAAAAGAGUGGAGGCUGAGAGUUCCAAUUGUAAAAAGAAUGAAGCUUCAAAGACGGUACAGGAGAAGUCUAGUUCUAUUCAAUGUUGGAAGUGCAAAGGGUUUGGACACAUGAGCAAAGAGUGUGUUAAUAAAAAAGUUAUGGUGAUAAGAAAUGGUAUACUUGAUUCAGAUGAUGAAUCAUAUGAUGAUGAGUAUGUUGAAGAAGGUAAUUCCAUAUCUUUGAUCACAAGAAGGGUACUCAAUGUUCAAAUCAAGGUAGAGAAAUUUGAAGAUCAAAGGGAAAACUUGUUCCACACAAGAUGUUUGGUCAAAGGAAACCCAUGCAGCUUGGUGAUUGAUAGUGGAAGUUGCACAAAUGUGGUAAGCAGCUUCCUUGUAAAAAGACUUCAACUUUCUGUCCAUCCCCAUCCAAAACCAUACAAACUUCAUUGGUUAACAAACAAAGAAGAAAUUAAGGUGAACUCCCAAGCUCUUAUUUCUUUUACUCUUGGAAGAUAUAAAGAUGAAGUUCUUUGUGAUGUCGUACCAAUGCAUGCGGGGGACAUCUUAUUCGGCCGACCUUGGCAAUAUGAUAGAAAGGAAUUCAAUGACAUAUUUUCACAUGAAGAUGCAUGUACGGGGUUACCCCCUCUAAGAGGGAUUGAACACCAAAUUGACUUCGUACCUGAGGCAACUCUUCCAAAUAUGGCUGCCUAUAGGACCAAUCCCACCGAGACUAAGGAGAUUCAGAGACAAGUGGAAGAACUCCUGGAUAAAGGAUAUGUUAGAGAAAGCAUGAGUCCUUGUUCGGUUCCUGUGAUUUUGGUACCCAAGAAAGAUGGCACGUGGAGGAUGUGUGUUGAUUGUCGAGGAGUACAAGUUGAUGAAGAAAAGGUAAAAGCUAUUAGAGAAUGGCCAACACCCACAAAUGCAACCGAGGUAGCAACCGAGGUAAGAUCUUUUCAUGGUUUGGCUAGUUUCUAUAGGAGAUUCAUUAAGGAUUUCAAGUUAGCAUCACCAUUGAAUGAACUUGUUAAAAAGCAUGUGAAAUUUGAAUGGAAGGAAAAACAAGAGAAUGCAUUCAAUGAACUGAAAGAUAAAUUAACCAAUGCACCUUGUCUUGCUUUACCUAACUUUGAUAAAUCUUUUGAAAUUGAAUGUGAUGCAAGUGGGAUAGGCAUAGGGGUUGUUUUAAUGCAGGAAAAAAGGCCAAUCAUGUUCUUUAGUGAAAAGCUUAAUGGAGCACAACUCAACUAUCCAACUUAUGACAAAGAGUUAUAUGCACUUGUGAGGGCUUUGCAAGUUUGGCAACAUUAUUUGUGGCCAAAAGAGUUUAUUAUUCAUACGGACCAUGAAAGUUUGAAGCACCUCCAAAGCCAAACAAAGCUAAAUAGGAGACAUGCUAAAUGGGUGGAAUUCAUUGAGAUGUUUCCUUAUGUAAUCCAUUACAAAAAGGGGAAGGAUAAUGUGGUCGCAGAUGCAUUAUCAAGAAGGUAUGCUUUAUUUUUAUUUUAUGAUGGUAAACUUUGUAUCCCUAGAUAUUCUAUUCGAGAGUUACUUGUGAAGGAGGCUCAUGGGGGAGGACUUAUGGGACAUUUUGGAGAAUUUAAAACAUAUAUCAUGUUGUGUGAACAUUUUUAUUGGUUGAAAAUGAGGAAAGAUGUGAACAAAGUAUGCAAGCAAUGUUUUAAAUGUAAGGAGGCUAAGUCUAAGACACAACCACAUGGUCUUUACACACCUUUAGAUGUUCCUAGUGAACCAUGGGUUGACAUUAGCAUGGAUUUUGUUCUAGGAUUACCAAAGACUAGAAGACACCAUGAUAGCAUUUUUGUGGUGGUUGAUAGGUUUAGUAAGAUGGCACAUUUCAUUCCAUGUAACAAAACAGAUGAUGCUACCAAUAUAGCUAAUCUAUUCUUUAAGGAAGUGGUUAGAUUGCAUGGUAUUCCCAAAACCAUUAUUAGUGACAGGGAUGUAAAAUUUUUAAGCCAUUUUUGGAAGGUUUUGUGGGGAAAGUUGGGAACUAAGUUUCUAUUUUCUACAACAUGUCACCCCCAAACCGAUGGACAAACUGAGGUAGUUAAUAGAACAUUAGGAACCUUACUUAGGUCACUAAUUUCUAAAAAUCUUAAGUCUUGGGAAGAGACUCUACCUUUUGUGGAAUUUGCAUACAAUAGAGCAUUACAUAGUACCACUCAGUGUUCACCGUUUGAGGUUGUGUAUGGAUUUAAUCCUUUAACUCCUCUAGAUUUAUCGCCUUUGCCCUGGGUUUGGAUCCAUCUACGAAAGGAAAGGUUUCCAAGUCAGAGAAAGUCAAAACUUCAACCAAGAGGAGAUGGUCCUUUUCAAGUACUAGAGCGGAUCAAUGACAAUGCAUACAAGCUAGAUCUCAGAGGUGAGUACAAUGUAAGUUCCACUUUUAAUGUGGCUGAUUUGACUCCAUUUGAUGUAGGGAAUGAAGACCUUGAUUUGAGGACAAAUCCUUUUAAAGAAAGGGAGGAUGAUAUGAAUUCAACUGCUGACCCUUUGCAUGUACCCGAAGGACCGAUUACAAGAAGCAAGGUUAAGAAGAUUCAAGAGGCCUAUACAUUGCAUCUU